AUGAGACAGAAAAAAUCUGAACAACAACAUUAUCAUUCACGCGAUGAUUAUGAUCAUAUAUCAUCAUCAUCAUCAUCAUUGUCAUCUUAUAUUCAACUUCGAAAUAAUAACAUGUUAACUUUUUCUAAAUCAAAACAAUCAAUAUUUGAUUUCGUACAUAUUCGAUCAUAUAUAAUCAUAUUUCUAAUUAGUUCUCUUUCAUUACUUUUGACUUUUUUUAUUCUAUUUCCUACACAAAAAAAUACAAAUACAUAUUUAAAUCAUCGUUUAAAAAGACAAUUACCACCAUCACCACCAUCAACAGAAUUAAAUAUUAAUGAUAAACAACAUUGUACGGAAAUGUUAAGCAAAAUGUUAUUACAUCGAACAUCAUCUGCAUUAAGUGAUUGUACAAUAAAUUCGGCAGUUGAUGGAAUUUAUACUUUACCAGGACCAAAAACUUUAUCAUUCGAAACUAUUUCUUUGGUCGAAAGAACUUUUGAAAAAAGCUUUUCUGCAUUAAAAUCUACAGCAGCUAGUAUACGUCAGAAAUUAAAUAAUUCAUCAAAUUUAUUAGGUGAUUUUGCAUUAGCUAAAUUUCAUGAUGAAUAUAGUUUUCGUAUACGUUUAUUACUUACUAUUCAUUUAUCCAUAAAAGAAAUAAAUCUCAUUGUCGCACCACCCUUAUUUAAUGAUAAUAAUGGUGGUGCAUAUAUAUAUUAUGAUACAAUAAAAUAUUAUCGUAUAAAUAAUCAAAGUGAUUUUGAUUCCAUACAUGAUGUUAAAUUAAAACAAAAUUCAAAUGUUAUUUUACAUAAAUUUACACCAGCAAAUGCACGCGAAACAUUAAAACAAACAACGUCUAAUAGUAAUAAUUCAUUAUUUAAUGAUGGCUGGUGGAUUGGACCUGUUCUAUGUGAAUUGAAUAAAAAUGAAACUUUUCUAAUGGCACAUAUUUUUCCAUUGACAACUAGUUAUUUUCUUGUUACUUAUUUCAACAUAUCAUCUGUUGAUAUAAAUCAAUGUGCUAAUAAUGAUGUACCAUUUGGUGGCACACAUAAAUGUCCUACUGGAAUGAAAUGUCUUUUUCGUCGUGGUGAAGGUUUUACUUUAGGAGCUUAUGAUUGUCAUUGUUCGAAUUCACAAGAAAAUAUAAGUUUAAUUAUUGAUGGAAAUGAAUUAGAAUGGAAUAAAACAAAUGAUAAUGGAUCAUUAACAUUAAAAAUAGAUACAUGUAAAUGUCAUCCAGAAUUAUGUCGUAUAACUCAUAAUCGUUUAUUACCUACCAUAAUAAUAAUAAUUCAAUCGAUAUUUAUUGUGUUUGUUGCUAUACUUGCUGCUAUUGUAUUUAAAAAACGUAAAACAAAAAUAAUUAAACAUUCAAUGUGGAUUUUACUUGAACUUGUAUUACUUGGUGCCGUUUUACUCUAUGCAUCAGUUAUUAUCGAUAGUUUAGGUCCACAUGGAAUUGUUUGUUUAAUAAUGCCAUGGUUACGUGAACUUGGUUUUACUAUUGUUUAUGGAACAUUAAUAUUACGUAUUUAUAAAAUGUUAGCUGAAUUUCAAUCUCGUAAGGCACAUUGUGUACAAGUCAAAGAAAAAGAUAUAUUACGUAUAUUAUUUUUUAUUUCAAUAUCAAUAACUGGUUAUUUACUUGGAUGGACAUUAGUUAAUAUAGAUCAUGCCAAUGAAAAUAUACCACUUGGAAAAUAUUUAUUAGGAAAUGGUGUUACAAUAAAAGGAAGAUUUUCUUUUCAAACAUGUCGUCCACGUUCAUGGGAUUAUCUUGUUCAAAUUGCGGAAUUUAUAUUUCUUUGUGUUGGCAUUCGUUUUAUCUAUAGUACAAGAACUGCUCCAUGUGAAUAUCAUGAAAGAAAAUUAAUAACAAUUGUUAUUAUAUGUGAAAUGCUUUUUUCAACAUUACUUCAUAUAAUCAAAGACUGUUUAUGGUCAACAGUUAAUCCUGAUGCACUUUUUAUUUUAUCUGUCUUACGAUGCCAUUUUACAGUAACCUGUAUGCUUAUACUUAUUUUUUGUACAAAAUUAUGUUAUAUAUUCCGACCAUUUAAUGAAGAAUUUGCCGGACGUGAUCGUGUUCGUUCAGUAGUUGAUGGUGCUGAACCAGCUGAUCUUAUCAGUAAAUUACAUUCAAAUGGUGAUGUAGAAUUUGGUGAAUUAAAUUUACGAGAUAUGGAUCCUGAAGAAAUUCGAGCGGAAUUGAAACGUUUAUAUACAUCAUUACAUGUAUUAAAAACGAAAACAAUGCGUAAAGAUAAUCCACAUUUAACAAAACGACAUGGACAACGACGAAAACGUCGAUUUUCUAUGCAAGCCUUUCAACGUCAUGGAACAAGUACUGCAGGCACUGGUGGAGGCGGUGGAACAGUCAAUAGUAUAUUAAGUAGUGGUGGUGGUGAUAAACAUGAUCAUGAUCCAUUAAAAACACCUGAAGAUAGUACAGGAAGUCAUAAUGAACAUACACAUCUGGGUGGAAUAAGUAUUUAUCGUGGUAGUGUAGAUGAAAGUGAUGAUGCUCAUGGUCGAACAUUAUCAGAUUUACAAAAUACAAUGGCAUCGACAAGUGUUGGCCAACGAGUUACAUUUAAAUAG